AUCUGCAUCGCAGGUGGAGAUGAGCAGGUGAUUAAAAAGAUGACACUCAUAUUCUUUUUGUUACUGUUUGACAGAGUUGCAGGAGGUCAGGUUCUCACUGGCCCCAAAGUGGUGAAGCAGUGCUCUGGACAAACCAUCCAAGUGAGCUGUCGGUAUCACUCGUUUUAUCGGGACUAUGUGAAAUACUGGUGCAGGGGCUACAGCUUUUAUUCCUGCUCCACCCUCAUAAGAACAGAUAAACCAACACGCGCUGACGGAGCGCUGGACAUAGUGGACUAUAAAAAUGAAGGUUAUUUCACCGUUCGCAUGAAGAAUGCCAAGCCAGGAGAUAACGGAUGGUACUGGUGUGCUAUAGAAAGAAUUAGCCGGCAUGUUUCCAUCGCCAUGCAGCUGUUCGUUACUUCAGAAGCCGAGUAUUGCUCUGUGCCGGAGCCAACAACACAGUACAGUGUCAGACAGACGACCACACUACCAGUAACAACCAUCCAAACUACAACUACUCCAGAGACAACCCAAACAACACGGACGUCACAAGCUACAUCGAGUAGCACAGACUGGACAAAUACAAAGCCUGAAGUCACAGUAAAGCACGUAAUUAUAAGAAUCUGGAGUAUCAUGCGGUGGAUCCUCUUCGCAGCACUGUGUUUCUACCUCAUCUGCUUCAAUUUGUACUUUAAAUUGUGUGGCAGAAGAAAGUAAAUCAGCAAUUUUGAUGGUUACAUUAAAGGAGCAGUCAGUAUGAAAUUAGAGUGAGCGUGUGAGAGAGUUGUCUGCCCCACCCACCUCUCCACAGACAUGAAGCUCACUCGGGUUGUCAAGCUGAGGACACUGAACCUGCUCAAACAUGUGCAAGACUAAUGCCAUGGCAAGCAACGUUAUAAACCAGCUGGUUAGCCUUAGCCAAGUCUGUUAUACCAAAACAAAAACCCACUGCUCUAGAAAUAAACACCCUAGAGUUGGAGUUACUACUACUACAGACCUCUUUAGUAUACUGCUUAGUUUAUCAAAUAACAAAUAAAUCUGCAGUCGGAUCUAGAGCUAAGUUAUGAGCUGCCCUCACUGUUGUCAAAUAAACAUAUAGAUAGCUAAUGCUAGCUAUCUGCUAGCUAUCUGCUAGAGUAACAUUUAUCUUGUAACUUGUUUUGGAAGUAAAAAAGUGCCUUUCUCUACCUCUCCUUUUUUUCACAAACGUGAUUGGGGAAAAAAUCUUUGUCGCCUGAGUGCGCGUUUAUGUUCACUCUGGCCCCUCGUUCCAGAUUCUGGGAGAUUUUAUCUUGAAGACUUGAAGGCAUCAGUAAGCUGUUAUUGAUAUGUGGUAGACUCCUGCAGCUUCCAAGAAAUAUGCAUUGGAAAUAUGAUUUAUAUUUACAUUAAUUGUGUCCAU